UACCCAGCAGGAUGGUGCUUCUUUGGAUUAGCAUUAAAAUAGAUUACAAUUACAAAAUGCUUAGAGAGUUUGAACAAUCGUUGGACACUAGGCGAUUCGAGCUGAACAGCUUUAGACACUACGGCAGAUCGAAUAGGGUAUAUGCUGAUGUCGGGGAAAUUAUUGACAUAACUGGGGAUCAACCAUCGAAACCGGAAUCAAUCGACCAUUUUCAAUCGAACGAUCCCUCCUACCUCAUGCAACCCACGUCGAAGAUAUACUAUGACAACUUAGAGAAGGAAUAUAGCGACGGAGGUUUUUUCGACCGGGAUGAGCUAGAGGACGAAGAUGAAAAGGAUGAUCUGGUCAUUGACUGUAAAGUCAACGGAGAUGUCGGUGAAAACAAGACUGAAAAUGGAAUCUCUCAUGACAGUAAAGGCAAACAUUCAACGCUAACGGAAUCAGAAAUUGUUCUGAACUUUACCCUAGUGGAUAAGAAGUUGAUCUAUAAUGAAUCGACAAUUAUACGUAAACUGCCCUAUGCUAGUGGAACUGAAGUAGAAAAACCUGGAGUAUCAGACGUUAUACAUGCAAACAUACCCAUUAAAUUAGGAGCAUCGAGUAUAGCACAAGGAAACAUCCAGGUAGAAGUAGUGGCACCGAAUAAAUCUUCAGCAAGAAUACCGGCUGUGAUUCAAGACAAACAUACACCAUCACAAACGAGCAAUCAGGAGGACAUUAGAUUACAUCAAUCCGAUGUGAGUGUUAAAAACUCCGUGCCAUAUCAUCAUGUGAAUACAUCGGGUAAUCAUACGAAACAUCUAAGAACAACAACCGCCAAAUAUCAUUCGCAAACAAAUGUACCAACCUUUGUGUCCAUCAGUAACAAAUCCAGAUCAUCAGCACUUCAAGCUUCUCAGCUCAUACCGCAAAUGGCUCAUUUGAAGGCUGCCAUCGGACCAAACAGGAUUCUGAGACCUAACAUAGGCACAAACACGAGGCUAAUAGCGUCGCCCCAGAAACAACAAUCCAUAGUGAUACCUCAAAGACAAUCGUUUACACCUGUCGGACGUUACGCAAAGUUUUCCAACGGUUGGAGGAAACCAAACUCGACUUAUCAAUCCCGAAGCGUAUCGGAAGGUAAAGCACAUGUUGGAACAUCAAGUUGUCUCCCGCCACAGUUCGGGUUCGGUUCGUCCAUGUUGAGCAAUCUGUACGAUGCCACACAACCUUUGGACUUAUCGAAAAACUCCCCACUGAGUCAGUUAGAAGCAAUGUUGAAACGAUCACCGCAGGAUCAACAUCGCUAUGGUCACUUCAUCCUUCGCUCAAUGCCUAUUCCAGAUCCGCCAAAACCACCAUCUUCUGCCCUUCGACCCAAAUUAGUUUCAAUUAGACAUCAUCCGACUAUCUCUAGGGUUCACCAACCUAACAAGCUACAUAAUAUCUUAAUUUCUAAACCCCACCCUCCAACGAAGCGACCACAUGAUGUUGAUGGCACAUCUUUUCAAGUGCACGUUCGACAAGAGAUCGACGAAUUCUUCAAACGCCGUCAAAAUGAAAUAUGCAGCGCCUUGAAACUUUUCAACACCGAGACUAUUGACGUAUCAGAAUUGUUUCGACGAUUGGACCAUAAUCAAAUUCGCAUUAGUCGAGACUACCUGGGGAUUGCUUGGACCAUGAUACAUCGGUAUGGAUAUCGUUUUCGACCGGAGGUACCUCCCGUUAAGCUGAACUACCGGUGGUCAGAACGUCCGCAGGAGAUCACAGAAUAUUUCACCAAAGUGCGAGCUACCCUACAACCUCAUGCAUCACAGGAAACAUUGAACAUUUAUCGCAUGGUGAUUGGAGGUCUUCUGGAGCAAUUUCGUGAUUCGAUAGAACAUUUUCUCGCCAGGAAUCUACAAUGGUAGUGCGAAAACAUUAGGGAAAAAUAGUCCACUGAAUCGGACUGUAUUCGACAAGAAACCAAACGGUGCUCGAGUUCAAGAUUUAUGUGGCUUAAUAUAAUACGCUUUGUUCAGCAUUUUGUGUUCUAAGCUAUACAAUAAUCUAUUUCGUGAUUUUUUCUUAUCUAAUAGCUUUUACCAGUGCAACACUAGAUGUGAUAUAGUGCGUAAGUGUAGGUUUCUUCUACAUCCGAAUAUAAAUAGUAGUUAAGCAAUCAUGUCUGGCCUAAGGUAGAUGGUACUUUUCGAAUACUUUUCAAAAUUUUGUACAAUAAAUAUUUUAGGCAACUUUU